ACAAUUUAUUUAUUGUUUUUACUUAUUUAUUCAAAGUUUACGUUCUAAAAUUAUAUUCAGUGAUAAUAUUAAUUUUGUUUACUCUUAAUGACUUGUUUACAUAAGAAAAUUGAACAAUCGUUAAAUUGUUUAUCUUUUCAAUUUAAUUUUUGAACAAGAUUAGAUUAGUUGCUGCAAAACAAAAGAAGAACAAUCAAGUUUAAACACGUGGAUAAUAAUAUUACUAUUUUCGUGCGUGAAAAUAGACUCCUAACCCAAAGGAAAUAUAAACAAAAAAAUGGAAUUAAGAUAAAAAUCGUAGACAAUUUAUAAAAAUUUUAUUUUAUAAAACACAAGAAUAAAGAAAUUCAUCAAGGAACAAAAUUUGUAUAAUUAUGAAUGAAUUAAUUAAUCAACUCUUAUGUGAUGCCCUAAGGGAACAUAAUAUCGAAGCAGCCAAAAGUAUAAUAAAUGAAAUUAGUUUAUCAUUAUUUGAAACUUGGGAUCGUGGAUUUAAUUUUCUUUGCUAUGCAUUGAGAGAUAAACAAUUUGAAAUUGCUGAAUUAUUAAUAAAAAAUGGAUGUAAACUACGUUUAAAUAAUAAUCAAACAACAGCACUUCAUGUGGCAAUUUUAAAUGCAAAUUUAGAAAUUAUUAAACUUAUACAUAAAAAAAUAUGGAAGGAAAAUAAUACAUGCAAUUUAUUAGAUGAAGAUGAAGAUGGAAAAAAUGUUUUUCAUUUAUUUAUGUAUCGUACACCAGUUGACGAUGAAUGUCGUCGUAUUCUUCGUUAUUUAUUAAAAAAUUGUCCAAUAACAGUAACGUCAACUAUUACAAAUUUAAGUCCAAUUCAUUAUGCAGCAAAAUAUGGUAAUACACAAAUGAUUCGUCUAUUAUUAUUAAUUGAUAAAAAUCAAGUGAAUAAUACUACAAAAUAUAUGAAAUAUACACCAUUACAUUUUGCCACUGAACGAGGACAUAUGGAUGUUAUUUAUCUUUUAUUGGAAAAUUUAGCAAAAGUCAAUGCAAAAACAAUAAAUAACGAAAGUGCCCUUUCUUUAGCAGUUAAAUUACGAUUGCAACCAAUUGUUCAAAUAUUAUUAAAAUAUUAUAAUGAAAAUUUAAAUUCAUUGAAAGAAGAAAAAAUGUUAAUUUACAAUGCCGUUAUGUCAAGAGAAAUUUGUAUGCUUGAAUUUUUUUUAAUUCAAGGUUUAGAUCCAAAUAUUAUUGAAGAAAAAAGCAAAAUGACACCAUUAUUAUUGGCAAUUGAACAAAAUUGUUUAAAUAGUGUUAUAUUACUAUUGAAUUAUGGGGCAAAUUUAAAAAUAAUACAUUCAAUUGAUGGAUAUUCAGUACUUCAUUUUGCAAUAAAAAAUAUUGAAAUAUUCACUUAUUUAUUAAAAAUUGGCGCCAAUAUUAAUAUUCACGAUUUAAAUAAACAAAAUCCAUUGCAUAUUGCAACAAAAUUAGAAAAUUUACAUUUAAUCAAUGAAAUAUUAAAUAAUUGUGAUAUUUUGUCAUUAUUUACAUUGGAUUUUAUUGGUAUGACACCAUUACAUAUUGCCGUUAAUAAUGGAAAUAAAAAUAUUAUAAAAUUAUUUUUAAAUAAAGGUGUACCUAUUGAUUUAAAAACAAAAACAAAAUUAAGUUCAAUGCAUUUGGCGGCAAAAAAAGGAUCUUUAUCAUUGGUGAAAAUUUUACAAAAUUACGAAGCAAAUUUACAUAUUUCAGGAUCAAUGACAAUGGAAACACCAUUAUUUUACGCAGCACUAUCUGGUAAUUUAAAAUUAGUGAAAUAUUUACAUAAAACUAAAAAAAUAUCUAAUCAAUGGCUCGAAGAUUAUGUUGCAUUAUACGCUGCAUCUUAUAAUGGACAUGUGGAAAUUGUUUUAUUUUUACUUGAGCAAGGAGUAGAUCCAAAUAUUUGUUAUAGAAAUUUUUUAUCACCACUACACGCCGCUGCCCAACGUGGACAUAAAUUAAUUGUUAAUUUAUUAAUUGAAGCAGGCGCUUUAGUUAAUAAUAAUAAUAAUAAUAAUUCUUUGAUUUCAACACCAUUUUUAGCAGCAAUCUCAAAUGGACAUGAAGAAAUUGCAUUAAUUAUUCAACAACAUGGUGCCAAUAUUAAUGUUAAAUUAAAAUCAGCAAUUUUUGAAUUAGAAAAUAAUAAUGAAUUUGAAUCGUUAUUAAUAUGUGGUUAUGAGACGAGAUUAAAAUUUCAUGAACAAUUAAAAUUAGAUUAUACUGGAAUUUUUUUUGCCAUUCUCAGUGGUAAUAUAAAUUUAGUGAAAUAUUUAAUUAAAAAUGGUGCUAAUAUUAAUGUUACAACAAAAUCAGGUGAAACACCUAUUUUAUUGGCAAUUAAAAAUCAAUUUGUGGAUAUUGUCUCAUAUCUUUUAAAAUCAGGUGCAAAUAUAAAUUCAGAAAAUUCUCCUCUACUUUUUCAUGCAAUUUCAUUAAAUAAUUAUCCAAUUGUUGAAUUAUUAUUAAAUAAAGGACAUUCUAUUGAUUAUAUUGGUAAUUAUGGUAAUCAAGAUGGUUAUACAGUGAUGCAUCUUGCUAUUAAAGGAAAUAAUAUCAAUAUUGUUGAUGCAUUGUUAAAAAAAAAUUUUGAUCUUGAUACAUGUACGGAAAAGGAUUAUUUACUUCAUUAUGCAAUUGAUAAAAAUAAUGAAGAUAUUAUAAUUAAAUUAAUUGAGAAUGGUGCAUCUUUAGAUUCAACAUGUUUUAAAGGAUUAAAUCCAUUAUUACAUGCAUUAUUAGCGGGUAAUAUAAAAAUUUUCAUGUUAUUAAUAAAAAAUGGUGCAACAUUAAAUGAAAGAAGUAUAUUGGGAAAAAAUUUACUUCAUUUUGCACUUGAUAAUUUAUUAAAUGAAAAUGUUAUUAAAUUUUUAAUUGAAAUUGGCAUUAAUGUUAAUGAAAAAAAUGAAUUUCUUUUAUCAUUAAUUGAACGUAUUAUUUAUGAUCAGGCGGAAAAAAUUGAAAUACUCAAUGCAAGAUAUAGUCAAUUAUUAAUAAAUGAAUUGAAUGAUAGAAUUAAUUUAGAAGAAAUUCUUGAACAUCCAAGCGAUAAUUGGAAUGAUAUUGUUGAACCAAGAAAUGAAAGUGAUAAAAUUUGUGAUGAUACUUUUAAUGGAAUGGUAAUUAAACGGGGUUUUUAUAAUACUGAUAGAAUUUUGGCUUAUUUUUUGGAAUAUGGAUUGGAUGUAAAUACAAUAAUAGACAUACAACAACGUACUAUUCUUCAUUAUUCGUGUAUUUGUUCAAAUGCUGAGGCAGUGAGAAUGUUAAUUUUACAUAAUGCGGAUUUUAAUGUAAUUGAUAAAAGAGGACGUACUGCAUUUUGUUAUGCGGUUGAACAUUCAAUGUGGGCUUGGACAGCAUUUCAUCAAGAAUGUUGCUCAGAUGUUUAUAAUGAAGAAGAGGAAAAAUUAAUAAGUCCCGAUUUACAUUGGAAUGAUUAUGAUGAUUUUGAAAGAUAUAGUCAACGAACGUCUGAAAUUAAAUUAAAAAAAAUAUUACGAAAUAGAAAUGCAUUUAAAGAAAUUGCUCGUCUUAUGACAAAAGGACUUGUUAAAAUUGAAGCAGCCGGAAAUGAAAUUCAUUGGGAAAAUAAAGAAUUAUUAGAAUCGGGAACAGUUCAUAUUUAUUAUAAUUUGUGUAAAGUAGAAAUUGAAUCAUUAAAACGAACACAAAUUACAAGAAAAAUUUCAUUUUUUCAACUUUUAAUUGCUGAUGAAAUAACAUUAACUAAAUAUGCACGUAAUAAAAUAAUUCAAUAUGUCAUGGCUGCAAAUAAUAUUGAUCAUUUAUUUCCAUAUUAUGGAAAAGAAUUAAUAUUUCGUUAUAAUAUUGGCAUUCAACGUAAUAAUCUUAUUAUUAUUGCUGGUUAUUAUUUAUCUCAAGCUAUAAAUAUUUCAAUACCUAUUUUAGUGCAAGAAUUAAUUUUUAAAGAACUCAAUUUAAAUGAAUUGAAAAAUUUAUGUCGAAUUAUUGAGCCAUUCUAUUUUGUUCGUGAUGAUGAUGAUGAUGAGUCCGAUGAAGAUUGAUUCUUUUUUUUAUUAAAGUGCAAUAAAUGCAAAGACAAAAAAAACGUUGUGAUAAACGUUUUUUCAUAGAAUAAAUAUUGUAAAAUGUCAAUUUUUUGUUAGUCUUCUUCAAUAUGUAUAUAAACUAUUUUUGUACGAAUUUUUUUCUUUUUUUGUAAACAAUGACUGAAUUAUAACUAUUUUGUAUAUUUUUAAA